AGGGAGAAUUGGAAGGAGGAGGGGGUGGGGAGGCGGCACGGGUGCUGUUUCUCCAGUCUCUUUCCCGUGUCUUUGUCUCACACUCUUUUGUUAGCCAUGCCUAGCCUGCUGGUUCUAGCAGGGAUCAUGGACAAAAAUGGGGGCUACGGCGGGGAUCUAGCCGGCUCCGGCUUCGGAAGCGAAGGUCUCCUAGUGCCACCCGACGAGGAGGAAGAUGACUCCCGUGCCCUCAGGGUCGCGUUGGGCCAGCUGUCUCUGCUGGGUCUCGGAGAAGGCGAGGACGGUGGUGGGGCUCCAGCUACUGGAGUACAGGACCGGAGUAACAAUAACAAUAACCCCCACAACCAUGCUAACAGCGUCGGAGGUGGAGGCGGUGGCGGCGAUACUGGGCUUUUGCAAGGGAAGAGCAAGUUAUGUGUCCUGUACGAGGGAUCCUCAACUGAAACUAAAGGACGUGGCUGCAACAUAACAGAAUGCGUCCCUGUGCCAAGCUCCGAACAUGUGGCCGAAAUAGUGGGGAGGCAAGGCUGCAAGAUCAAGGCGCUGCGAGCCAAGACCAACACCUACAUCAAGACGCCGGUGCGCGGCGAGGAGCCCGUCUUCCUGAUCACGGGUCGCAAGGAGGACGUGGCGCUGGCGAGGCGCGAGAUCAUCUCGGCAGCAGAGCACUUCUCCAUGCUGCGAGCCUCGCGCAACAAGCUGGGCGUGUCCUUCAGUGGCUCGCCGCCCGCCCCGCUGCCGGGCCAGACCACCAUCCAGGUGCGCGUGCCGUACCGCGUGGUGGGCCUGGUGGUGGGCCCCAAGGGCUCCACCAUCAAGCGCAUCCAGCAGCAGACCUGCACCUACAUCGUCACGCCCAGCCGUGACCGUGACCCCGUCUUCGAGAUCACGGGGUCGCCUGGCAACGCUGAGCGUGCCCGCGAGGAGAUCGAGGCCCAUAUCGCCUUCCGCACCGGCGGCAUUCACGACCACAACAACGAGAACGACUGCCUGGGGCCUGACAGCACGGCUGGCCUGGAGAGCCGGCUGCAGCAGGUGUGGGGCCUGCAGGGGGGCCAACGCAAGCCCCUGACCAGCAGCUACCGCCAGAACUACUCCGACGCCAUGGUGGGCGGCAACGGCGGAGGAGUGGGGGGCACCAACGGGGGUAGCGGAAACAGCAUCUACAGCAAGGGGGAGUACCCCAACCCCGGCAGUGGCGGCAGCAACGACAAGCCCUGCUCCUACUUUGGCUCCGACGGUUCUUCCAGCUGGGUGGACCCUGACUACCCCAACCAAAUGGCCUUUUACGCGCAGCAGCGCUCCAAGAGCUUCGGGGGGCUCCCCCUGCCUCUUACCAGACUGUCCCCCAGCCUGCCAGAGUCUUGCGGGGGCAGUUCGGCACCCCCGGUGGUGGGGGGGUCCCCUCAUGCCCAGGCGCGCCGCGCCCACAGCGAGCCCACCUCCAGCAGCCCCGCCUUCCCCCCCGGCCGGCUGCCCUUGUCCGACUCCCCUCCGGCCAUGAGGGACUGCAUGACGUGCUUCGAGAGCAAGGUGACGGCCGCGCUGGUGCCCUGCGGCCACAACCUCUUCUGCAUGGAGUGUGCCAUCCGCAUCUGUGAGCUCAACCACCCCGAGUGCCCAGUCUGCCAUACCCUCGUCACGCAGGCCAUCCGAAUAUUCUCAUAGGAAAAUGACAACAAAACAAAAAAGUCAAAAACAAAACGCUUUUUUUUUCUUUUUUACAUUACUCUGAUUGAAUGAAUGAUUUAAAAAUUCAGUGAAAUACGUUUUUUAUGUUAUGCUUGUUCGUUUUUUUCUUUCUUUCUUGGUUACGUUUUGUUCAUUGCUCUUUUUCAAGUGAAUUUUAACCAAACAAGCAGAUAUUUUAGAGGGCACUGCUUGCUUUACUAAAAAAAAGUUAAGAAAUAUUUUUAAGUUUUUCUUUUAUAAAUACACACACAUAUAUAUUUUAUAAAACUUUUCAUUUAUAUGUAAAAUAUAGGUCAAAACAUUUUUCGUUGACUCAAAGUGGCUGCUGUUUACCUCAUCUUAAUCAAGAAUGGGCGUGAACAGAGAACUCAUAAUGUGAAUAUUUUAAAAUAUUUGAGUUGUCUUUUUUCAAACGAUAAAGUAUGGAGGAUAGUUUUACAUCCUGGUAUUCAAACACAUAAAGAAACAAACAUAUUUUGAAAAUAUGUUUAAAAGAAAAAAAAACUAGCUGCACCUUACAUUUUUAUUUUACAUCAAACAAUGAUUGUCAGCCAUUUUUGGUGAUUAGAAAUAUUGUCCAGAUAUAGAAUUCUCCAGACGUAAACUUGGCUUUAGAUGUAUACCAAAACAACAGUUGAGAAAUUUGAACAAAAACUCAGAAGACUGUCAAUUUACAUUUUAAUUUGUGGAAUUUUCGGUAAUCAUCGAAAUGUUGGAACCCUUGCAAAAAAUGCUAGCAGUCCUGAUAAUGUCCACAAGAAUGUUCUGGAAAUUUUGGGAUUCGGGGGAGGGGCUGGGUUGGGAAGAGGGGUGGAACCUUAAGGAAUUUUACUUAAUAUGUUUGGCCAAGUGCCUAAGUUCACCAUACCAUUCAGUCUGCCUAGCAAAAAUGUUCAAGAGCUGUUAGUAUGGUUACACUCUGAAAUGGUUCUUUUCUUUGACAGCGUUUCGAGAAUUUUAACGUGAGGCCUCUUUUUUUAUAUAACUGAUUCACAUGACACCCAUGUGGCUCUCUGAGUUUGUGACACACAGUGGAAGUUGAGCGAGGAUGGCUGUCUGCUUUAGGCUUUGUUCAGUCGGCUCUUUCCAGGAAACGUAUUUUUCUCCUUUUGAACCGUCAUCUCAAGACCUCCCCUUUGUGCCCAGAUUUUUUUGGUCUUUUCAGUGUGUGUAUGUGUGUCUGUGUGUGUGUCUGUGUGUGUUUGGAUGAGCAUGUGUUGUGAGCAAACGGUUGUCUGGAGCGUCACAUAGUUUGUUUUAAGCUGUGAGUCACACAGAUGAUGCAGCGAUAAAUUUGAGGGCGAAAAGUUGGCCAAUAAUCAGAUUGGGAAAAUGCCCUGCACAAAGAGAGAGAGAGAGAGAGAGAGAGAGAGAGAGAGAGAGAGGCUUAGCACUACAGUACGGCUCCCCUCCCCCAUCCCCCCAUAGCCACGCAUUUGGGCUACAAAGUGCCUGCUGCCCAAUUGUGUGCGUGCGUGCGUGCGUGUGUGUGUGUGUUAUUGGCCAUAAUGACUAUAGAAGCACAGAGGCAGGUGUUUCAUAGUGCACUGUAGAUGUGACCUUAAGUUCACACCCACCCCCCUCCUCCUCUCCUCUUUGCCAGCCCAUCCUCUUUCUCUCUCUCUCUCCCUCCCUCCAAUUUCUUUAUGAGUGGCCUUUUUCAUCCAUAUCUCCCUCCCUCCCUCUCUCUCCCUGCCAUCCGUCCAUCUCCCCCCACCCCUACCCUCGCCUGUCGCUCACACCCAAUGCAGACUCCUUAAUGAUCAGACCAGGCCACUGCUGCGCCAGUAGGGGCCCCGCUCUGCUGAGCGAGUCCCACAUUGUUCCUGUCACGCCGGCAGUGGAGUGGCGGCUGUGUAGUAGCAGCUCUCCCCUGGGCCCAUCCACCAGCGUGGCCAGCUGCACCCCACCCACCCCCCACUCCACACUCGUCUCUCCCUCCUCCUCCUCCUCCUCUUCCUCUCUCUGUUCCUUGCGAGGCGUUGAUAAUUAAUCACGUGAGCCGGUUGGGUCCAGGUGCGGCCGGCUGGGCAGCGAUACCGAGACAGCAGGGGAGGGCCCGCUGUGUCGCGUCGCCUCGUCGUCGUUGCGUUGUAUGGAGCUCCCAACUGCUGCUCCUCAUAACCGACAACACGGCCAGGGCCACCUUCUCCGCAGCAGGCUCUUGUACAGCGAGGCAACUCGCUGCUCUUCUACUGACUCUUUUCAUUCAGAGUCCCUGGACUUGAUGCAGCUGGGACUGCCAGCCUGCCUGCCUGCCUGCCACCCUCAUCCCCCCCACACAACACCCUCCAAACCCCAAACCCUCACCCCUUUCUCACUGGCCUCUCCUCUCCUCCACUCCGUCACACAACCCCACCCCACCCUAUCUUACACCAACGCUCUCCCCACCCAGACACACACGCACACACACACACAAUACAGUACCCCCCCCAACACACACACACACACACACACACACACACACCCUCCACUGCCUCCCUCUCACACUCCCUCCUGUUCUAAUCUACAGUGCUUCCACAGGGGAAAGGGGCCUCCUUUGUCCUGUCAAAAAAAAGACAAAAAAAAAAAAAAGAUUUCAAAGAAAGAAAAAAAACAGGGCCAGCUGAAAUGGAUGCCAACUCAGACUGCUUUACUGCUAAUAAGUUGCCUUUUGUAUAUUUUUUUUCUUGGGAUUUUCUUCUCCGGCCUCUUCUUUUCUUUAGGAUGACAGUGGUAUUGUGCUGGCCUAGGAAAAGGGUCUCCCCAUGCAUGAAGGUCCCCACAAACAACAAUAGGGGUAUAAGACGAUGCUGCAGAGCUGGAUGUUUUGUUAUUGUGUGUGUGUGUGUGUGUGUGUGUGCGUGUGUGUGUGUGUUUGGGGGAGGGUGCAAAACGAAAUGAGAGGGUUAAGACUCUCGAUCAUACGCAAACUGUGAAGGGUAUGUUUGUCAAGGAAGGUAGUGGAGCCUCGUGUGUGAAUGUGCCUCUGUGUCUGGUUGGCUGUAUUUUUCAGUUAGACUCACACACAGGUCAGAGUUUGUGUGUGACCUCGGCCAACCAAUGAGCGCUGCACACUGGACUCUGGAAUGAAAUCACACGACUAUAAUUGACAAGGAAAGUGGAGGAAACGCCCCAUUUAGCUUCUGUCCACGGUGAAUUGAAUUACACACACCCACUGCCUACCACAUACCCAAGCCUGGGGAUUUUUUUUUUUUAAAGAGGAGGGGAUUAGUAAGACUGUUGUAGAGAGUGUCUUUUUGAGAGGAGGAAAGAAGAGAAUACUGCAAGACUUGAGAGUUCGGACGACAGUGUUUCAGAAUGGCGGGGCGUAGUUAGGAUUUUGGGUGAGGCGCUGGCUACCCCCGCCUCCUGUGUUGUGGAUGUGGUUGACUGAGGAUGAGAUGGAGGAUUGUGUGACUUCCAUAGAACUAAACGUUGAUGUUCAUAGUUGGCUUUAUGCAGGAGCCUUGGAGUUGCUCAUAUAACAGGUGGUUUUUAGAGGUGGUUUAAAAAAAAAAAACAAUUGAAAUGGUUAAUUGAAUCUUUGAAUUGAGUAUUCACAGGCUAACUUGCCUUUAAAAAUGUUGACAUCAUCCUCUUAACAUUCAGCAUGAGUAGAUGUUUUAAGAUUUAGUUUCUUUUGUUUUCAGGCUUCAGUUACUUGUAGAUUCCUAGUGUAACUUCCCACUGGUAAUACCAUUUUGACGAUGAGCCAUUGUAAUGUUAAUUAAAGAUGUGGUGGAAAUUCCUUUUUUUCACAGAAAACAUGAGAAUAGAAUAAUAAUCGAGAAUGGGGGAAAUGUAGAUAAAGCACCUUAUUACCAAGAAAAAAAAGAGCAGAUGAUGAAAAAUGAUUGUUGAUAGUAGACAUAUAGCAAUUGAGCAAGCUGGUUUGUUGUUGAUGUUGUGUGGCUGUGGUUUGAAUGACAAGUGCACAGGAUGCGCUCUGAUUUGCACUGGUAGAUCAUGGGCAGGCUGGCCAUUAUGAAUGGUGGCAUGUGGCAUGAUGUGACCAACCGUGUGUUUGCUUCAAAAAGGGUUCCCAACAACCAUCCGCACAGCUCUGUAUGUUAGCCAACAACCAGCCUCCAUUGCUGAUGUAGGACUUUGGUGGAGGAGUUAGCAGCAGGUGCAACAGCAGCCAUACUCUCAGAUGCAGUUAAGUGCGUAUACACACUUUAUAAGCACUGCUAUUACCAAAUGCUAAAAACACAGUAAGAGACCCAUUCACCAGACCACAUAUGAACAAGUGUGACUAUGCAGUGCAUGGCAUCAGGCCGGAUGCACCUGUUAGAUAACAAAUGUUCCCUGAGUACUAUUUCCACCACUACAGUACAUUUCAUAGUCAUUCCUUUACAUUACCCACCACAAUUGGGUAAAAAAGCAAUAUUGGCCACAAACAAGCAGUAAGACUGUUGAACAUGUUUAACAAACCCUGUAUUCAGUGUGUAUUUCCAAUAUAAGAAAUUAGGUGGCAAGGUAUACAAGUAUUACAUUACUUUUUUAUCGCCAGAAUGAUUUGAUUUGUAUUAUAUUUUUUAUUAUAUUUUUUGCAACUCCCUGACCCCAUCCCCAAUUAUCAACAUAUCCAUAGUAAACAAUUCCAGUAAAAUGAUUGUAAGUGAAGAGAGCUGCAUUGUUUUGAAAACACGAUAACCAUAGGUAGAAACCAGAAAAAAAGUUGCUUUUCUGUUUGCCCUAAAAACCAGGAGUAUGUGGUGAAAUGGAAAUGUUCAACUAGGAAACGGGAAGGUGUGUAAACAAGACAUAAAUAUUGUGAGCACAAUAGUUGUUUUAUGAACGGUUUGUUUUCUAUUGCCCCUCAAGGUGAGCAUUGAUACAGCAUGACGUGGACAAACUGAUGCCCCUCUUAUCACCAUUGAGCCAAACAUAUCUUUUAAGGAAAAGUAGCAUUUAUUUUACAUUUUACAUCAAGUAUACUCAUAUGUAGGGAAAAUCUUUAUCGAAAUAUAUAGUUACCAUACACAUAUCAUGGAAAUAUAUUUCAGUAUUGAAGUUUAGAAAUUAUUUUCUAGUUAAUGGAUGGGACUGCGUAGCUCAGUCUUUAAUUUUUUUUUUUUUUUCAUUCUCUGGGUUAAGAAGUUUAAGAUCAAAUGUUUAUGGUAGCCAAAGAAUAACCACAUGGGUAGAUGUUAGAAGGUGUAAAACAAAAUAUAAAGACUACUGUAAAUGCAAUAUACUGAAAUCAGUUGUCUGAGGAGAAAAAAGAGAUUGGAUUCAGUAAGUACGUGCAGGCAGCUCACUUCAAACUAGUUCACACCAAGCCCUCCAUCUUGGUAGCGCCAUCCAUUCAGCCAAGCCUUACACCUCUGAAAGAAAGACGAAAAUGUUACAAACAACAGCGCACUUCAGUGGAAUACAUUUCCAUCCAUGUGCGGUAUCCCUGUAGUAUUGCAUGUUUCAUUUGCAAUCCUACCUGUACCUCCUUGUCUUACACAAAACUCAGUUUCCUUUGUUGAGCAUCAGGUAUCUGCACCAGGGCGUGUGAUAGGGGGAGUACAGUACACUUCACUCAACUUUACAGGUCAGUUCAGUCAACUCCUGGUGGUCAGGCAUACGUAAUUAAAGAGAUGAUAUUUGUUUACACUUGUUGAUUUUUUUUGUAAUGAACAAAUGCCAGAUGGGCUAUAUCAUUCUUUAAUCCCCCCAGGGACAUAUAACUAAUAGGGGUUUACAAAUAAGGGUUUAGGUUAAGAGUAUACUACGGUUUCACAAGUAUGUAUUGUUCUUGUGUUUUAUUUUUGUUUUGUUUUUUUAUUUUUGAUCAUUCUGUUAAUGAGUAGCUCUUUGAUUUUGCAUGCUGUUGAAUUGAUACAGAACAUUUACCUGUAAAAUGUUAAGAGUAAGAUAUGGACCACAGGCUGUAAGAUGAAAGCUUUAGCAAUGAUUUUUUUUUGUUUUUUUUACCUAAUGUUAGCAACAGUGUAAUAAUGACUAUAACCACAUCUUAAAAAGAAAUGUUUGCUUUGAGAUAUAGCUUCAUAUAUUCCCUGAAAUGGUAUCUGAUGCUAUCCCAUGUCUUAAACGAAGAGAGCAGAGCUUUCCUGUGACAUAUCGGGAUGUAUAUCUUCUAUCCUCGUUCCUAUAAUAUUAGUAUUAUUCAUACAAUAUUACAUAGGCCUAUAUUACAAUAGCUAUGCUAGAAACUUUAUGAUAAUUUAUUUUCUGAGUAAGAGUUUUCGAGGCUGCAUUCUACAUUUAUAAUCAUGGCAGUAUCCCUUUUACAAUGAUUGGAAAAUAAUUUAGAUGCACUUAAGUCAUUAUUAAGGCCCGUCGGUAUAGAGAGAUGGGCAGUAAAUACAUUUGAAUGUAAAAUCCCCCCCCUCCCCCCACCUAUCCCUGACCUUUGACCUCUACCCAACCAAUGUACUUCUUUUGCCUUUUUCUUCAUUUAUCAGAUAUGAGCUUUAAGUUUCCGUCGCCAUGGCAAUGAGCAUGAGAAGGGUUAAUCACAGUCUAUGUUUGGGUCAUUCCUCUCCACAUUUAUAGAAAGCAACUAAAAGAAAAAAAAUAUUAUUACAGUUUCGUAAAAUUCUAUUUUGCUAACAUGACUUAUUAUUUCAUAGCAAGAGGAAAAAAAGGGUCAGUAUCUGGAUGUUAUUUAUGAAAUCAAACAUAUUUAUGAGUGACCUCAAGACAUUUUGUUUUUUAAUUAAAAAUUACAAAAAGUUAAUAUAUUUCUAAACUCGAAGUUGGUUUCUACUAAAAAAAAAGAUUACAAAAUAAAGACGUUUUAUUUAUUAAAGUUUGAGAAAUCCUUCCCACUUGAUCUCCCUGUACCAGAGAUUUCAGGUUGAGGAUUGAGGCUUUCUGCGACUUCUUCUUAAACUUUAGAAAUGCACUAUUUUAAAAAGGAAGACCAGUGCAUUCAACAGUGGAAAUACGUCAGAGUGUAAUAUAAUAUUUUUAGGAUUUGGAAGUAUUUUAGUUACUCAGCAUCAAAUUUGUGCCUCAAUUACGCAUUCCUUUUGCGUCUGGCAUUCAACAUUUAGUGUUGUUUGCUAACCCUCUGACUAAUGCCACAUAAGCAACUCGACACAUAACACCCCUUUUGUGUCCUAGAAUUUCUCCUUUGAUUUGUAUGUUUUUAUUUUUUAUUUAGAUUUUUUUUACUGCUGCAUCAUCCCUGAUUGCAGUGCUGAGAAUUGAUAUCACAGGUGAGGCUGUUUCAUCACAGUCUAAUGACGUACAGUAAAGUGCACACACACAGGCAUAUAUCUACUACUCCUAAUAUUGGUGCUCAUUACAAAAAACAAGAAAUCCUGUGGACACCCACGCAGCCUGUGGGAAGUACAGAAAAAUGUGAAAUGUUAAACAGCGCUGUUACAAAUUGUCAUAAGUGAGACAAGAAGUGUGACGACUGUACUUUGGAUUUUGCGCCAUAUCCACAGGAUGUUUAUCAGAAUACCUGAGCUUAUGUGUAGUAGAUCUCUGACUGUGUAACUUUGUGCAUAACACACACACACACACACACGCGUACACUCACACACACGCGUACACUCACACACACGCACACACAGACAAAUACACUCACACACAACCCAAUAUAUCUGAACUAGUUUGCAUGUAUCAUAUAUCAUCACCAAAACAGGAGAAUAGCACUGAAUCUUUUGUGUUUGUGCUGUUGGUGAACCUAUUGAUACACAAGGGCUCAAGUGCUUUUUUUCUGAUUGUAGAUUUUCAACACUUAGACGACUGUGUAUUUACAACAUUACAUCAAUAAAGGACCCAAUUUAGGUCCACCUGACUGCAAUUGCACUUUUCAACAGCCUUGAAGUGAAGGGAACAAUUGUCUGUUGAAUUGUGUGAUCUAGGUCAUCACUCUUCUUUGCAUCUCUCUUUUGGUUUUUCUUCCAACCAUGUUUCAUAAAUGCAUUUACAGGAAACCGUGUGUGGUAUGUUCUCAGUCAUGAAUGGUAUUUGAAUUAAGACACGGGUGGGACAACAUUGUCCCAUUCUUUUCAGAAAGUGAUAUUCUCGUCUGUCAUUAGGUAGCUUUCAGAAUCUCCCAGCACAGUAGACGUGUUCCAUAACAAUUUUACAUGGAUAAAAUACAUACAUACAUACAUGCAUACAGUAGUGGUCGUAGUGCUUUAGGUUUAAGCCAGUCAACUUCUAGUCUUCAGUUUCUGGUUUCUUUGUGAUGAUGAGUGAGAAAAGUUGGCCACCUCAUGGUCAGCCAUUGCUUAAAAAGUCUGUUUUUGUUACUUGUUUUACUCCCUCUUUUGUGCAGUGCCCUCACCAGGCAUGACAGAUCGCAGGUUUAUCUCCUUGCACGUUUUUUGUGCGUAACGUUUACUUUUGUUUGUUUACUUUUUGGGAUACUUUAUUAUUAUUGUCUCUAUGCCAUCUAGUUUUUUGUUGGUUAUUUUUCUUAAUUCUAUAAAAUUCAAAAUGUAUUGUAAAUGUUUCUAAUAAAACAAACAAGAAAACAUGUGGCUGUAUAUUUUAAAAUAUAUUUGUUGAUCGAAAUACGCUUUGCAUGCAUGACAUACAGGAGAGGGAAGACUGAAGAAGAGAAUAGAGUGCCUUGGCCACUUGUCUACUAGCAAAGUCAUUUUAUUCAUAGGUGUUUAUUCCAAAUAUACACAAUUAUUUACCAUUAAUAAUGCCUAUCCAACCCUUACCUGGCAUGCAAUGGCACUAGUGUUGCCAAGUUAUGGACAGUUUUCUAAAAUGGUCUACAUUAUCUUUCUUUGACCAAUUCAACUUGUUUAGGUAUUUGCUGCAUGUGAGUGUUUUCAGUUGCAUCGCUAUUGGUGGUGGUGGUAGGGUUCUGGUGCAUUUGACACAUUACAAGGAAAUCCGGUGCAAGUGCCUAUGAGUCUGUCUGCAUCGGAGCAUCACAGCGGGCACCCAGUUAAAUAUUGACCUUCACUGCAGCGACCUCUACUUUGAAACACGGCCCCCUACCUCCAUGACAGAAGGGGUCUUAGAUGAGCCAGCCCCCGGCACUCUUCACAGCCCAUCCCAUCCCAUCCCUAUCAUUACCCAACCCCACCCCACACAAAGACACCCUUCUGCCCCCAUACCACUCUGCUGUGGUCAGAACUCAGAGACAGGAGAGAAAGCAAGGCCACAAAGCAUGGAGAUUUCCCAUAAGACCUUGACUCUCGUUAGGUUACAAACACACACACACACACACCCACAAAAGAUCAGGAUUUCAUUUACAGUGAGACAAGGCUAUAAGAGAAGCCCAUCAGACAUGCAUAAAACAGGCCUCGAGGCAAUGAGGCGAGUUAUCCCCCCCACCCCACCCCACUCAUUGCACUGCAACCCAAUACAUGCACACAGAUGAUGGGGAGGCAGCCGAGCCGAGCUGGGGGGGCGGGGUUGGUAGGAACAGAGGGACUGCUGCAUGCCAACGUGCUCCAAGACAAACCCUUAAAGCUCCCCUUCCUUCCUCUCCUUCCACCUCCUUCUUUCCGUCUGCCCAAUAGAGAUCUGGCUUUCAGAAACCAGAAAUGCAUCUUCAAAAAACAUGGUGGACAGUGCCCCGUGGCCACACAGCCCUGGGCUUGGACCCCUUUAAUGACUCAGAAGACUUCCGAGUGUGAAAAUGUGCAAUGAAAUUAAUGUAUUCCAACUACGAAGAGUGUAAUUGUGCAAUGAAUUUAAAAAUGCAUAUUCAUGUGUUAAACUAUGAAGAGGAAAUAACAUACGAUUUUGAAGAAAAAACAAAAAACAUACAUUUAAUCCAACAAUGUCAGAGGGGGAAAAAAGCUUCCAGUGUAGUACAAAAAAAAGAAUCUCACUAACAUAUGCUUUUGAUUUGAUUUGAUUCGAUUCCACUCUCCAUCAACAAUCUGAUCAACCGCGCUUGACGGCUCUCUCUCAGCACUCUCCUCAAUCACGGAUUUCCUAGAGGCUGAAAUGAACCGAAUAUAGUGAUUUCAUCCUUAAAAGACUCUCGUGUGAACCUCUACUCAUCAAGCAAAAAAACAAACAAAAAAACAACAACCCCAAAUUAAAAAGGAAAACAAAAAGAUACCCUUCAUGUCCCAGGAGAAAUAUUAAAUUAGAAGCCCAGUGUUGCUUUGAGAUGACAAAAAAGUAUUCAAACAAUGACAAACCAUACACAAACCGUAUAAACAUUAAAUAAAUACAGUAGGGAUGUUCAAAAAAAAAA